UCAUUAAUUGUAGCACCAUGAAGGGUUCUCGGAGGCCGAUCUACGCCGUGGUAACAUGGCUCCGCCGGCAACCGCCCAAGGUGAAAGCUUUCCUGGCCGUGAUAACCGGCAUGGCUACGCUGGUAAUGCUUCGCGCCAUUAUCAAAGAUCACGACAAUCUUUUCGUCGCUGCUGAGGCUGUUCACUCCCUUGGGAUAUCCGUUCUCAUCUACAAGCUCAUGAAAGAAAAAACCUGCGAUGGGCUUUCUCUCAAAUCCCAGGAGCUCACAGCCAUGUUUUUGGCUGUUAGACUUUAUUGCAGUUUUGUGAUGGAAUAUGAUAUACACACAGUUCUUGAUUUGGCUACAUUGGCUACAACAUUGUGGGUCAUUUACAUGAUACGUUUUAAUCUAAGAUCAAUCGACAUGGAGAACAAAGACAGUUUUCCAUUAUAUUUUGUGGUCGUCCCUUGUGCAGUUUUAGCAUUACUAAUUCACCCAACCACAUCACAUCACAUUGUCAACAGAAUCUUCUGGGCUUUUUGUGUGUUCUUGGAAGCUGUUUCUGUUUUACCUCAACUCCAUGUGAUGCAAAACACUAAGAUUGUUGAGCCAUUUACAGCUCACUAUGUAUUUGCAUUGGGUGUUGCAAGGUUCUUAAGCUGUGCUCACUGGGUUCUACAGGUUUUGGAUAGUCGCGGACAUCUCCUUGUAGCUCUUGGUCACGGUCUAUGGCCUUCUAUGGUCCUUAUAUCCGAAAUUGUUCAAACCUUCAUCUUAGCGGAUUUUUGUUACUACUAUGUAAAGAGUGUUUUUGGAGGACAGCUCGUGCUGCGCCUCCCUUCUGGAGCAGUGUAAGAUAACAGGAUGAUCAACACACUUUAGCGGCUUAGUCCUUUUAAAUGGAUGUUUUUCCAGCCCUCAUUUUAUUUUUCCCCAUUUUUUAUGUAGUUUACAU